UGAUAAACUGAGGCCUUUCCUCUUCACUUCUCCUUGAAAGAAAAACCUUUAAUUCCUCAAGGGAAGGGAGAGAAAAGAAAGGUGAGGGGGUGCGGGAGGGAAUUACAUGACAAAGAAAAACAUUAUCUGUCUGCGAAGAGAACAGCAGAGAGGGCAUCGCGGAGAAAAACAAACAUUCACUGGCCAUGCCAGUGCUCACCACCGAUGCUGAGUCAGAAACAGGUAUCCCAAAAUCCCUUUCUAAUGAGCUUCUUUCAGAAACCAUGGAGGAGAUAGAACACACAUGCCCUCAGCCUCGGUUGUCAGUCAAUCCCUCUGACUUUAUGUCAUGGAGGCUGCCAUCUUGGCAGGAAGUGUCACAGUAGGACUAAAGGAAACUUCUGUGUCCUUCAGUGAAUGAGGAAAGCAGGAGAUACUGAAGUCAGUUUUCAGACUCUGAUUGCACCUGCUCCAUUUGCUGAUGAAAUAAGCUGUCAGUGCCAAGCCCCGCAUGAGAAACUAACCAUCACUCAGGCCCGUCUGGGAACACCAGUUGACAGACCAGUUAGAGUGUAUGCAGAUGGGAUAUUUGACCUCUUCCACUCCGGCCAUGCUAGAGCUCUUAUGCAAGCCAAAACUCUCUUCCCAAAUAGCUACUUAUUAGUAGGAGUUUGCAGUGAUGAUCUAACCCACAAGUUCAAAGGCUUCACUGUAAUGAAUGAAACCGAGCGGUAUGAGGCACUCAGACACUGUCGCUAUGUAGAUGAAGUCAUCAGAGAUGCUCCAUGGACGCUCACACCGGAGUUCCUAGAAAAACAUAAGAUUGAUUUUGUAGCCCAUGACGACAUUCCAUACUCCUCCGCUGGCUCGGACGAUGUGUACAAGCACAUAAAGGAAGCAGGAAUGUUUGUACCAACACAGAGAACUGAAGGUAUCUCAACAUCAGACAUCAUUACUAGAAUUGUACGAGACUAUGAUGUCUAUGCCCGACGCAACCUCCAAAGAGGAUAUACCGCCAAAGAGCUGAAUGUUAGUUUUAUAAAUGAAAAGAAAUAUCGCUUUCAGAACCAAGUAGACAAAAUGAAAGAAAAGGUGAAAAAUGUAGAGGAAAAAUCAAAAGAAUUUGUUAAUAAGGUGGAAGAGAAGAGCCAUGACCUCAUUCAGAAAUGGGAAGAGAAGUCCAGAGAGUUCAUUGGCAACUUUUUAGAGCUGUUUGGACCCGACGGAGCUUGGAAACAGAUGUUUCAGGAGCGAAGUGGCCGAAUGCUCCAGGCCUUGUCGCCGAGGCAGAGCCCAACCAGCAGUCCAACGCGCGGCCGCUCUCCAUCCCGCUCUCCGUCGCCGCCCUCCCCCUGGGUGUUCAAUAAAGCCUCACCCCCUUCCUCUCCGAAAGCGGCCUCAGCCUCCAUCAGCAGCAUGAGCGAAGGAGAUGAGGAUGAGAAGUAAAGAAAAAUAAACAAUUAAAAAAAAAUAAAGAUACCACCACUCAUAUAACCUGCAGGUGGCUAGGAGGAGAGGAGCUACAUACAGCUGUUUCUAACAGAGGCGAGUGCACUGUAGGAAAAGGCAUUGCAAGGAGAGUGGUGCAUUGCAAGGGACGAGAUCUCAGGAACAGCUCAUCUCUGCCCCAUGGGGGCUCAGACACACUUGGACAACCAACACACACAUGACCUUGGAGUAAGUACCUGUCACUAGUCACCACUUGCUGCAGCUGCUAGGGCCAGACAAGAACCUCGGGGAAAUUGCACUCAGGGGAAUAUUCAGCCCCUGAGCUAGGCUGAGUCAGCAUGGGCACAGCAGCAGCACUGCGUGAAGAGAUAAUUGAGCCACUUCUGGACUCUGCAUGUACCUUGGGUGACCCGACAAUAUUAGGGGCUUGCUCUUCCAUAGGCAUCUAUACCUCCACCUUCGGAAAAAAAAUGUGUCCUGAUUUUUCACACUUGCUCUCUGGUCACCCUACUAAACUUGAGCCCUGCCAGUGUGAUGUCACAGCAGCAAAAAGCUUCUUUGUUACAGGAAAUGUGGUUUUUUUUCUUUCAAAAUAAAAAAAGCCACCAAAAAACUAAACCAGGCCAGUGCAACAGGGAUCUGGCCAGUCGGCACUGGAGAUGCAUUGAACAGAUUGAGUUUAAUGAAUGUUUGCUGACCAGGCCUUUGUCAGGGCAUGUGCAAAGGUGAAUAUAGUGUGAAUCCAAUUUGCUUUAGCAAAUCUCACUCCUUGUUCCUAGUGCCUCAGAAGCCACCUGUUGUGUUCUGGUUUUCUUUGUGACAUUGCUUUGAAGGUUGCAGUGUAGGACAGUGAAUGUUCUAGCUGGGAUUUCUUGUCUGGGGGGAAAAUAUUUUAAAGAAUUGGGCUGUUUUAGUGAUCACCUUAAGAAUACACAGGAACCAAAGCCCCUCAGCCACACUUCUCCUGGGACUACCACGCCUUUGGAGAUGUCAGUUAUCAACCGACUGUCUAUGCAACAGCGUUUCUACCCAUCCCAUGUAUCAAUCAGAUCAAUUUUAAAACUUUUGGCAUAUCUCUAAACAAGACAAAAGCAUAUACGGACUGUACUUUUUUACAGCUAUGUAUACAGUACAUGCAUGCACACAUAUGGAUAUGCAUUCCCAGUCUGGGAUCCAGUUAGCUUCCUGCUGGCAACUGCCUUUAAUACAUCCAAACAUGGGGAGCCCAGCUGGAAAAUAACGAAACUUUAUACAUAGAAUUGGAUGCUGGUGUUUUCUCUCCUUCCCUCAGAGCAUCCUCAUAUCCCUAACGGAGCCACAAAAACAUCAACUUUAAGAAAUUUUCUCCUUCUUUUUACACGAUCAUGUUGAAAUCACCAGCCUCUCAGCUCAGCAUGAGAUGAGACUUCCCUCAUACUCCAUCUACGCCAGAUCAGCAACCACUGGGAGGGGUGGCUGUUGGAUUGUGUGACAUACCGCUCUGUGGCUGGCUGAACUACCUCCCAUAAGAUUCCCGUGUUCCUCCCAGCCUGGAAAAUUAGAUUAGAAACUGAUCAGACAGCACUACAGAGAAAUGAUCUGCUCGAUCCACCUCUACAGCAGGGGUCCCCAAACUGUGCAGCAUGCCCCCCUAGGGGGCCCAGGAGGAACAUUUGGGGGAGGCAGCCCCCACAGGGGCAGCGAGGGAGCACCACCCAGCUCCACUCCCACCCCGCCCCUAGCUAUGGUCCCAGCCUUGGCUCCCUUACUCCUGUCCAUGUCCCCCACUCCUGGCCCCAAGGGGGGGCACAAGGUAAAAAGUUUGGGGACCACUGCUCUAGAGGCUGCUGUACUGGACCUACUUAUGUUCUUAUGCUGGCAUGUCAAGUGUUUCUCCAUCCAGUCCACUGAGUGGUUUGGGCACCAAACCAGCAAGGCAUACUAAACCUGCAAUAAAUUCCAAUUUGCAGCCUGCCCGGCUGCCAGAACAAGGAAUGGCAUGGACAACAGUAGCCAAAAGCCAACUGCUUCACUUGCUUCCUUCAUGCUGCGAGCACAUCACAGUGUGAAAGUUACUGUAGAUUUUAGUAUUCUUCAUUUUGUUGGUUUCCUGUACAGACAGGACAACACAGCUCCAGUGGGAAGGAGAGAGAGACAGGGGGAUUAAAAAGGGUGAGAUCAACCAGCAAAAGAAGAGGACUUUGCUCCAGCUCAUGAAGAACAGACUAACAGUAACAUUUCAGAGAGGCAUCAAGAAUAGGAGUUUGUGAAAAACAGGUGUUGGUGUGUAAAUGUACAGUGUGUGUUCAUGUAUAUCAAGGUCCUGGCAGCAGUUUACCCUCUGGCUGCAUUCCCUUUCCCUGCAGAGUUAGAAAUUAUUGGUAAUGAGCCCCACCCUCAGCGGUUUCCAGGUGGGCCACUGAAGGACUCUAGCACCAGGCCCCCAAGCCAGCCCCGUGUUUUCCCUCUAUUAGCCAAGUACUCCGUUAUCCACCCAGCAAGGCCUAGCUGAUUGUUCAUAUGCAACCUCAGCCCAGCCCUUAUCUGACUCUCUCUCCAGGAGAGACAUCCUUGCUGAGUAACUGGUUUUCUGGAGACACCACCAGUCCCUUUACAGAGUUGCAACAACAGGCAGCUAUCAUGGUACCAGGGGCACUCACUGCUUUUUACUAGUGAGAAUGACAAGAGGGCCACAGUGUCUGGCUGCCACCUGCCCUGUGAGAGAGGAUAGUGUAAUUAAAACCUUCCUGUUCACCUUAGGCAACCAGCUACUGUAAUUUCAUCCCUAGGGUGUGCUUGUUUGUUCUUCUGAUUUCUCCACUCCUCAGUUUUUCCCAUCACAAACCACCCCUUCACAGUGAGAACAGCCUGCUCUCUACGGUGCUGUUUAUACCAAGAAGCCCUGUCCAAAUGAGAUUGAGGCUGUCAGGGUUGGUGGUUUUUUUGUUGUUCAAACAAUGCCCUCUGUUCAGCAAAGUUUUGGAGGAAAAUUAAACUGCUUGGCUAGUAAUGGGAAACAGGACAGACACUCACCAGAAUGACCUCAUUUUAAGCUUAACUAUUGCUCCCAGAGUCACGUGUGGUUUACCGAGUGACAAAGCCAUAUACCUGUACCAGACGUGUGGUCUGCGUUUGGGAUAAGACUAAGCCCGAACGCCUGUUCUCUUAGUAAGGAUACCACCCUCCAUGCGUAUAUCCACCAUGCACAGAGAAGACAGGCAACCUCCUUACCAUCUCUGGACAUACAGAUGAUGAUUUGCACUUUUUGGUCAUCACUGGGUUUCAUUUUUUAUUUUUAACAAGUGUUGCUUUAUUGUGUUCCUAUUUAUAAGCCCAAGCUCCAUGGGGAAAAUAAAUUAAAUACAACAGAGA